CAGCUAAAUAACCGAAUGCAUGCUCGUUCUCUGGGAUUUUCAUGGGCACGUGCAGAUAUGCUUAAGGGGUAAUAAGCCUGCCAGCCAAUCAGUGAACUUUACAGCUCAUGUAUAAUGAGUGUCUGCGUGUGUGUGUUCUCCACAAAAUAGGACAGUUUAACGGAACGGUCCCGAGCUUCAUGUCAUGUUUAUUGAUUCCUUGAGGGUCAAGUAGUGAGAAGACAAGUUGACCUGUAUGAUGUGACCCUGGAGCAAAGUGCAGUGGAACAGCGAAAACUGUGGAUCAGUGAGACAGUGAAGAAGCGAGACAGUUUGACAGUGAAACUGUGGGACUCUCGGACAGUGGAACAGCGAGACUCAGAGUGGCACCGUGAGACAGAGGGACAGUGACACGGGACAAUGGGGAAACAGAACAGCAAGCUAACCCCUGAGGUCAUGGAAGAUCUGGUGAAGAACACGGAGUUCAAUGAGCACGAGCUCAAGCAGUGGUACAAAGGCUUCCUGAAGGACUGUCCCACUGGCCGUCUCAACCUGGAUGAGUUCCAGCAGCUUUACGUCAAGUUUUUCCCCUAUGGCGAUGCGUCCAAGUUUGCCCAACACGCCUUCAGAACCUUUGACAAAAAUGGCGACGGCACCAUCGACUUCCGGGAGUUCAUCUGCGCGCUGUCCAUCACCUCGCGGGGCAGCUUCGAGCAGAAGCUCAACUGGGCCUUCAACAUGUACGACCUGGACGGUGACGGCAAGAUCACACGGAUGGAGAUGCUGGAGAUCAUUGAGGCCAUUUACAAGAUGGUGGGCACCGUCAUCAUGAUGAAGAUGAACGAGGACGGCCUGACGCCCGAGCAGCGCGUCGACAAGAUCUUCAGCAAGAUGGACAAGAACCACGACGACCAGAUCACGCUGGAGGAGUUCAAGGAAGCGGCGAAGAGCGACCCGUCCAUCGUACUACUGCUGCAGUGUGACCUCCAGAAAUGAGGAGGGCGGCGCCGAGGCGCCCGAGGACUGCGCGCAGGUUUAAUGUUCCAUUCGGUUUGCAGCUAUCUCCACUGAAAACAACAAAAAAAAUUGCUUGGACUACCUUUUAAUGGUUCCGCUUCUUGUGUUUGAAACACUCGUGUGCAUGAGAAUGUCAUUUGCUGAAGAACCGACACACACACACACACACACACACACACACACACACACAUGAUACAGGUAUCAAAUUUAUAUAUAAAAAAUAUAUAUAGAGAGAAAUAUUUAUAAAAUUAUAAAAAACUGCCAAAAUGUGAAGUGCGUAAUGUCAUUCCCAUUGAGUCCCCUUCUACCGAAGCUUGUGUGUCGUCGAUGUGCUGCGUCGAAUUACGCUACUAUUAACCGUUCAUGUUUACUGACGCUGGCUGUGUGUUUCAUAUACUAAGCGAUGUUAACCAACCUGAGCUCCUGAUGGUAAUGUAACCGUUUACUCUAAUAAACCACGAGUCCUUUCGUCUCAAACCCAAGUUGGAGUGGAUGGACGAGAGGGGAAGGACGCCGACCGGCCUAAACAUACCCCCCCAUCCCCCCCACCAGAUGUGCUUAUGCUGUCGGUGAAUAUAAAUGUGAUUUAUUUGCAUGGCUCUAGAUUCUGCCUUAAUCUGAACAAUCUGUUUUGUUUUGCAUCCUAUUAAAAUUAAUUGAGACGAAGCCUUAUGGAAGGAAUGCAGCCGACCAAGUUUAUUAUAAUAGGAGAGGUCCUAUUGCACUAGGUAAUUCUGUCGAGUCCAUCUCUUUGCAGUAUUGUACGGGGUGUGCGUUUGUGAACCCGUGGAGCCGUUCUUUGACCGCAGUAGUAUCUGUGGGAGCAUGUUUCCUCGCUGGUAAUAGUCGAUGUUGCCGAAGCUCUUCUCAUGCUCCUGUUUUUUAAACCCACCCAAAGCCCAAGUCUGAAGGUGAAAUGUGUCACGCAACCAGCGGUGCUUGAGCUUGUGAUUCAAAAAUAGGGGAAAAAAAACACGAUUGUUUGUGAAAACACGUCCCACAGCUGUGGACUGAGACACCGACCACGUUUGAGAAAGGGUUGACAAUGGGACAUGUCCUUGAA